AUGAAAAACUUCUUGACUGUCGCUGCUCUUGCAGCCCUGGCUGGCUCUGCCGUCGCCCAAACCUCUACCGACUGCAAUCCCAUGAACCAGACCUGUCCCGCUGACACGGCCCUCGGAACCGAACAUACCUGGUGGUUCAACUCGACGCUCGACUCGAAGAUUUGGGACAUGAAAACUGGUUCGAUAUCCUACACUAGCGAUGCUGCAGAGUUUACCAUCUCGAAGGUCAACGAGUCCACCCUUCUCCAGUCCAACUUCUACAUAUUCUUCGGCGUGGUAGAAUCCUGGGUCAAGAUGGCUAAGGGUGCGGGUAUUGUGAGCAGUGUGGUUUUGGAGUCGGAUGAUCUGGAUGAGAUUGAUUGGGAAUGGGUUGGAUAUAACACCAGUGCGGUGCAAACCAACUUCUUCGGCAAGGGCAACACGACUACCUACGACCGUGGCAAGACAAUCUAUAUCGCCAAUGCAGACACUGAGUGGCACAACUACACAACCUGGUGGGACUCUGACAAGCUUGAAUGGUGGAUUGAUGGCAAUCUCGUGCGAACUCUGCUCUACACUGAUGCGACUGCCCUGGGUGGCAGGAAUUACCCGCAAACACCAUGCCAGGUCAAGAUCAGUAACUGGCCUGCUGGUUUGAAAAGUGCUGCCAACGGUACUAUUGAGUGGGCAGGUGGUUUGGUGAACUAUGAUGAAGGCCCAUUCACUAUGAGCGUUCAGCGUAUGCGUGUCCAGGAUUUCCACACUGGCAAGGAGUACAGCUACGGGGACAAGUCUGGUGACUGGACCAGUAUCAAGGUGGCAGGCGGAAACUCGACCGUCCUGGAUGAGCUCAACAAGCCCCCUGCGAAGACACUGGCCGAGAAAUGGGCCGACCUUGGCAACGGUGCGCACAUUGGAGUUUACGCUGGUGCUGCGGCUGCUGGUGUCCUGGCAAUUGUUGCUUUGGCACUCGUCUGCUUGCGUCAGCGCCGGAAGGGUCGCCUUGAGAAUGCUCUAGACGACUCGCGGUACGCUACCGAGCGCACAGAGAUGGAGAACUACCAGAACGACUGGAAGCAGAGCGAGUGGAAGCACUCCGGCUACAGCAAGGUUAUCAGCUAG